AUGGUUGACAAAGUAGUGUGGCAAAGGAGAUGUUAUUACUGCAAUUUAUUUUGCCAAAUUGGCGACGGAGGAAGUCAUUACUCCGACAAAUUGCACUGCCGAGAAAGAUGCCCUACAUUAUCAGCAACACUGUCCCAGAUUGACGGAGGAAUACCACUUAUUGUCUUCAACAGUCAGAAGUCCAAACAUGUGCGACAAAUAGAGUUACGUAAAAUAGAUUUCCAACAACGCACUCGUGUGAUGCUGACAUGCACGACUAUGCGAUUACCAUUUCCUAUUCGUUUGUUCCAUCAAGGCAAAAUACUCGGAAGAAACGGAUUCAUGGAAUAUUUUGAGAAACAGGCGCGAUAA